AAUCUCUUUUUUCAUUUCGGUCUGUCUGUGCUUUGACAUGCGGAUUUUAAUUAAUUUUUGAUAUAAACAAGAUAGGUUUUCAUUUCCAGAUCAAAGGCACUUUCUAUAUUAAAUUGACAAAGUUUCUUUCAAGUCUUGGUGUAAACUUUUACAUCAAUGGCGACCAUAUCAUUAGCUAAAAGUUUGGUUAACCCAGCCCUCAAAUUUGUUUUGAAACAAAACCAUUCUUCACAGCUGAGAUGCUCUGUUACACCAUUUACAACUCCAUUAAGUAUUAUCCUCAGACGUCACUAUGCAGAGAAACAAGUAUAUGAAAGAACUAAACCACAUUGUAACGUGGGGACUAUUGGACAUGUUGACCAUGGAAAAACUACAUUAACAGCAGCCAUUACAAAAGUAUUAGCAGAUCUCAAUUUAGCACAGAAAAAGGGAUAUUCAGAUAUAGACAAUGCACCAGAAGAAAAAGCUCGUGGUAUUACCAUCAAUGUCGCCCAUGUAGAGUACCAAACAGAAAACAGGCACUAUGGUCAUACUGAUUGUCCUGGACAUGCAGAUUAUAUCAAGAACAUGAUCACUGGAACAGCUCAAAUGGAUGGUGCCAUACUCGUAGUAGCGGCUACCGAUGGUGUAAUGCCGCAAACCAGAGAGCACUUAAUUCUUGCCAAACAGAUUGGUAUUCAGCAUAUUGUAGUGUUCAUUAACAAAGUUGAUGCUGCUGACCAGGAAAUGGUUGAGCUUGUAGAAAUGGAAAUUAGGGAACUAAUGACUGAAAUGGGAUAUGAUGGGGAUAAUAUACCUGUAAUUAAGGGCUCAGCUUUGUGUGCUUUGGAAGGUAAAAAUCCAGAAAUAGGAGCAGAAGCUAUAAAUCAACUUUUAAAAGAAGUAGAUUCAUUCAUCCCGACACCAGUCCGUGAAUUGGACAAACCAUUCUUGAUGCCUGUAGAAUCUGUACAUUCUAUUCCUGGACGUGGCACAGUUAUAACUGGACGUUUACAUAGAGGUGUUUUGAAGAAAGGCACUGAAUGUGAAAUUGUUGGUCAUGGUAAAGUAAUGAAAACUACAGUAACAGGAGUUGAAAUGUUUCACAAAACUUUAGAGGAAGCGCAGGCUGGUGAUCAAUUGGGUGCUCUUGUGCGUGCUAUCAAGAGAGAUCAAAUCAAACGUGGUAUGGUUAUGGCUAAACCUGGCACAGUGAAAGCUCAUGACAAUAUUGAAGCUGCUGUUUAUAUUUUAAGCAAAGAGGAGGGUGGACGUGCAAAACCGUUCACAUCUUUCAUUCAAUUACAAAUGUUCUCUAUGACAUGGGAUUGUGCCACUCAAGUCUCUAUUCCAGAUAAGGAGAUGGUGAUGCCUGGUGAAGACACAAAAUUGCUUUUACGGCUUCUCAAACCGAUGGUAUGUGAAGCUGGUCAGCGCUUUACUUUACGUUUAGGCGAUCUGACUCUCGGAACAGGAGUUAUAACAAAGAUUAACAAUAAUUUAUCUGAAGAAGAUAGAAUUCGACUUUUGGAAGGAAAGAGGGCACGAGAAAAGGCCGCCGCUAAGAAGUGAAGUGUUUACAUAUUUAUUUAAGUAUAGCUGUAGUUCCCUUAUCAUUAUGCAUUUAAAAAAUGAAUAAAAAUUAUGCAAUAAAACGCCC